GAGUGAGUGCAGGGUAGUGGGAAUGGGAUAGACCUGCUGUCCAUCUUGGGGUGAACUGAGAGAGAGCCCAGUUAGUGCUCAGGUUGAUGGUGAAGGAUGGCUACACUGAUAUUAUCCAGUGAGGGAGUGGAUUAACUAGCUACCUCCAGGGUCCCAAGCUUUUAGGCUACCCCCUCCCUACCUGUACCCUUUGUCUCAGAAGACCUCAUCCCUACGGGAGGUUUGAGAACCAAGAUCUCAGCCACCUCCCUGCCCUGAAGCUGGCCACCUUACUGCACACCUGUGCCCUCAGGUGCCUGCACGAGAGCUCCCUAUUUGGAGGAAUAGAAGGUGGGGAUCAGGGGGGAGGGAGGUGUGCUGCUCUGUUCCUAAUCCAUGGGACAGAGGACAAAGGAAAGAUGCCCACAGAAGCCUGGCUCUAUGUCUAUGCAGGCUGGGUGCUGAGAGAACUAGGUCCCCCAGCCCUGGGGGCUACCCUCACCAUCCAGCUGGGAGAUCCAACAUGCAUGUCACACACACCCACACCCACACCCACACCAUGGCCUGAGACACACACAAAGACACUCAUAUACUAUGGACUGGCACAUACUCGUCUUGGGAUGGCACAUAAACACAAAACCAUGGGCUCAAACACACCAUGGGGUGGCACUGGCACACACACACAACCAUGGGCUGAGACACACACAUAUGGGCUGGCACAUAUGCAUCAUUCAUGGACACACACAUACACACUAGACGGGAGUGGUGGGAGGCAUACACACACAUACACACACAAACCAUGGGCUGAGACACACAUACUAUGGGCUGACACAAAAACACACAUAUACUAUGAACUGGCACAUACACAUUUUGGACCGAUACACACACACACAAACAAACAACCACAGACUAAGCCACACACAUACAGACAUACCACGGGCUGGCACUGCCACACACACACACACACACACACACACACAAAACCAUGGGCUGAGACACAUACAUAUUAUGGACUGACACAUACUCAUCAUUCAUGGGGACACACACACACACUAGAGGGGAGUGGUGGGAGGCCAACACACACACAGGCUAAGACUCACACAUGCUAUGGGCCGGCACAUACACAUCAUUCAUGGACGGACACACACACAUCAUUCAUGGACACACACACACACGCACACACUAGAGGGGAGUGGUGGGAGGCCAACACACACACAGGCUAAGAUUCACACGUGCUAUGGGCUGGCACAUACACAUCAUUCAUGGACACACACACACACACACACACCACACACCCGCACUAUGCCCGCAGGUGGCGCCGCGGGGUGAGGCGGCCAUGGCACAGGAGCAUGCGCAGUCCCCGGGCCCCACGAGGUCCGCCCGGCGGCGUGGCCGGCAGCGCUACGUGGAGAAGGAUGGUCGCUGCAAUGUGCAGCAGGGCAACGUGCGCGAGACCUACCGCUACCUGACCGACCUGUUCACCACGCUGGUGGACCUGCGCUGGCGCCUCAGCCUGCUGGUGUUCGUGCUGGCCUACGCGCUCACCUGGCUGUUCUUCGGCGCCAUCUGGUGGCUGAUCGCCUACGGCCGCGGCGACCUGGAGCACCUGGAGGACGCCGCCUGGACACCCUGCGUCAACAACCUCAACGGCUUCGUGGCCGCCUUCCUCUUCUCCAUCGAGACGGAGACCACCAUCGGCUACGGCCACCGCGUCAUCACCGACCAGUGCCCCGAGGGCAUCGCGCUGCUGCUGCUGCAGGCCAUCCUGGGCUCCAUGGUGAACGCCUUCAUGGUGGGCUGCAUGUUCGUCAAGAUCUCGCAGCCCAACAAGCGCGCCGCCACGCUGCUGUUCUCCUCGCACGCCGUGGUGUCGCUGCGCGACGGCCGCCUGUGCCUCAUGUUCCGCGUGGGCGACCUGCGCUCCUCGCACAUCGUCGAGGCCUCCAUCCGCGCCAAGCUCAUCCGCUCGCGCCAGACGCUCGAGGGCGAGUUCAUCCCGCUGCACCAGACCGACCUGAGCGUGGGCUUCGACACGGGCGACGACCGCCUCUUCCUCGUGUCGCCGCUCGUCAUCAGCCACGAGAUCGACGCCGCCAGCCCCUUCUGGGACGCGUCGCGCUGCGCCCUGGAGCGGGACGACUUCGAGAUCGUGGUCAUCCUGGAGGGCAUGGUGGAGGCCACGGGGAUGACAUGCCAAGCACGGAGCUCCUACCUGGUGGAUGAGGUGCUGUGGGGCCACCGCUUCACAUCGGUGCUGACCCUUGAGGAUGGCUUCUACGAGGUGGACUAUGCCAGCUUCCACCAGACAUUUGAGGUGCCCACGCCCUCCUGCAGCGCCCGUGAGCUGGCUGAGGCCGCUGCCCGCUUGGAUGCCCACCUUUACUGGUCCAUCCCCAGCCGGCUGGACGAGAAGGUGGAGGAGGAGGGAGUGGGGGAGGGUGCGGGGGGUGGUCUGGGGGCAGACAAAGAACAGAAUGGCUGCCUGCCUCCCCCUGAGAGUGAAUCUAACGUGUGACCAUCUAUUCAGACCCCUGUGGCAGGGCCAACAGGACCCCGGGAACAAAGAUGGGAGGGGGAGGCAGAGGGGCACCUGGGAACACUGAGAAGCAGGAGAGACUCUGUAAGUCUCAGAUGUGGAAGA